ACGUCAGAGCAGUCACAAGACCUUGCUAGCAGAGCCGAGCGCAGUGUGUGAGGCCACAGGGCAACCGGGUCACACUUUGUGUUAUAUAGUGUCUCAAAGGCAGGACUGACACCAUGGCCGCGGAGAACCAGCACUUACGGGUCUUUUGGCGUGGAAGAGGCGACUUUUUUCGGUGAUUUUUGCCCCCACAGAUAUCACGGCGCAGGAACAAAGCUCCCCGAGUCUGUACUUAAAUAAUUUCAUAUGCGUGCGUGGCGGCUAUUGUCGGCGGCAGUGUCUGGCUAGCUCAGCCGCACAUCUCCAUUCACGUUAGCAAGUCAACAUUGGACAUCGCCGCUAAGCUAGCAGGGUUGCUAGCUUGGCCGGUUUGUUUUGGUAGGAGCUGGUGUGUAGGUGAUGUUGUCCGUCCUGUCGUACGGUAGACUUGUAGCCAGAGCUGUCAUCGGCGGACUUUCUCAGACAGACGGCCGCGACUACAGCCUGGUGACAGCGAGCUGUGGCUUCGGCAAGGACUUUCGUAAAGGCAUCCUGAAGAAAGGGAUGUGCUAUGGGGACGACGCAUGCUUCAUCGCCAGACACAGAUCCGCUGAUGUUUUGGGUGUAGCAGAUGGAGUAGGUGGCUGGCGAGACUAUGGAGUAGACCCAUCGCAGUUUUCAGGCACACUGAUGAAGACGUGCGAGAGGCUGGUGAAGGAAGGACGCUUCGUCCCCAGCAACCCAGUGGGAGUCCUCACCAGCAGCUACUACGAGCUGCUGCAGAACAAAGUGCCCCUGCUGGGCAGCAGCACAGCCUGCAUUGUGGUUUUGGACCGGCAGAGUCACCGGCUGCACACAGCCAACCUGGGAGACUCGGGCUUCCUGUUGGUCCGGGGAGGGGAGGUGGUCCACCGCUCGGACGAGCAGCAGCACUACUUUAACACGCCCUUCCAGCUGUCCAUCGCCCCCCCGGGGGCCGAAGGAGCCGUCCUCAGUGACAGCCCCGACGCAGCAGACAGCUCUUCUUUCGACGUCCAGCUGGGUGACAUCAUCCUCACCGCCACCGACGGGCUCUUCGACAACAUGCCUGACUACAUGAUCCUGCAAGAGCUGAAGAAACUCAAGAACACAAACUACGAGAGCAUCCAGCAGACCGCCCGCAGCAUCGCAGAGCAGGCCCACGUACUGGCGUAUGACCCCAACUACAUGUCGCCUUUUGCGCAGUUUGCUUGCGACAACGGACUGAAUGUAAGAGGAGGAAAGCCAGAUGACAUCACAGUGCUGCUGUCUAUAGUGGCAGAAUACACCGACUAGAGUCUGUGUGGAGCUGUGACUGCGGGGGGGGGGGGCGGCAUCUGCCUCUGCAGGUGAUGGACUGCUUUGAUUCCUGCUGGUCAGGAUGAUGGACUGAUGUCAGAUGCUUUACCCACAUGUGUCGACUCUAUUCUGCCUCAUCCCCCAGCUGACCAUCGACCCCUUUCUGCCCCCCCAAAAAAAACUCCUACGUGCCCAAUUCUCUGUGAUUGUUUACAUCAGAGAGUGGCUGAAUAAAGGGGACUAGAGGCCUGAUGAAUCCUCUUGGCCGGGCUGCAUUGUUGGCAUCUUUGCAGUGUUCCAGUGCUCUCUGGAUAAUCCCAUUGCCGGGGAUAAGCAGUCAUCGCGUACGUUGGAGAUGAGGAUCGUGGCUGACGAGGAUAAGUCGUCUUUCUCUGUUGGGUGCUUUGGGCAGGGAGGAAGUUGAGAUUCAGAGACUGAGGCAGAUGUAGCCAGACGGUACGGGUUGUAGACUUUUAAAGCGGCCCCAUGCUGGGCAGCUGGAAGGGAAAGAUACAGUCCAUCAGUAGUGUUAAGAAGGAAACCGCACAGGAGAUGGCGGCAUGAGGGCUCAAUAAAUGGGCUGCUUUGUGCAAGCCAUACAGUGGUAGUUAGAAGACCUCAGUCAAAGGGCCUGGAACCUUGUAUGUGGGUGCAGGGAGCAUAUGUUUGAGGACCGGUGUGCUGUUCUGGGAUGUUUUGUUCAAUAUUUGCAAAAAAAUGAGUGUAUGUGACAUUUAUACAUCUGUGGUUAGUGUCUUGGCAGGGUGAUCCAAUAAGAUUUGAUAAAGAGCAGCAGCUGCCUUUUCCAUGCAAGUGUAAUUCAAGUCUUGCACACAUUUUGUUACGGCGGUUAAGAUGAGGAUUUUACAGUUCAAAAAGCCUCGCCAGAUAUGUUUGUGGCCUCCCUUUAAUCUCGCUGCUGCUGCAGAAGUCUCGAUUGUGAUUACAUGUGAUGUGUCUAUGGAUAUGUGUAUGUGUGAUGAAAGCACUUGUGUGCUUGUCAGUGAGACUAUUGAUACGUGUAAUUAGUUUGUAUGAAAUGGAUGUGAAGGCUACACACUUCAUUCACUCUCCAUUUCCACGGGGCUGAAUCGGUGUCGCAGCCUCAAACGCACAAAGCUUAAGAAGCAUAUCUGAAAAAGCUCAACACAGAGGAAGUUGGUCAGGUGACCAAAUGUAUUUUUGUAACUUUGUUCAGUGGUAUUGUUGAAUUUUUUGGACUGAUCACCACAUCAGAGUAGCUUUAGAAACUGUUGUUAACAAUCAGCAUUUCCAUCUCUCUCUCUCUCUCUCUCCCCCCCCCUCUCCUGCUUCAGACCUCCAAAGGCACAUUUUUUAGUCGGGUCACUGCAGAUUUCAUGUGAAAAAUUGUCAUGUUUCCAUUACAUGAUUACAGAUUUGCACUCUGCAUUUACCACCACUUUCACCCACAGUUUGAAAAUAUUUCUUAGUAAAAA